GUUCCCCUACCCCGCCAGGAUGAAUGGGAAGAGGAUGCAAAUGUGAAAUAAAAAAUAGCUGUUAGAAGCUUGACCUUCAGUAGCAGCUGGCUGGCUGUCGGAAAUAUUUGUGGCUGCUAGCGAAUGAUUUACGGCUCAGAUGAAAAUGCUGCGACAAACAUAAAUGAGCCGAUUUAUAAUGACGACGUCUCACACGUGUGAUUCUAAACCUGUGAAAACAGCAUCGCACCCCUGUUUUGUCGCGACCAAUUUCGCCGCAUCAAAAUAAAUCACCCAGGUGUUACUAUAUGCUGGUAAAGAGUAUAAAAGCUCGGUACAAAGUCACCGCCACAACAGGAGUGGAAUAAUGUUCGUCAUGCACCACCUGGAACUGCUGUUGUGCCUUUUGGCACAGAAGCUGGCCUUCGCAUCAGUGCUGAAGAGGGUUGUUGAUAUGAAUGAACCGCUGGACUCCCACCCACUGGAGGUCCGCGGCUCGUACAACCGUCCCGUGCUGGACUGCAGCAGCGAGGUCCAGUACCUGGACCUGGGCUCGUAUAUCAUCCACUCGCCCAACUUCGACCGGCACAACCCGCAAAACUACACCAACGACUACAACUGCUCCUACAUCUUACACAACAAGGCCUCCUCGGGACUGCUGCGCUUCGACUGCUUCGACUUCCAGCUGGAGGAUAGUGACGGCUGCUCCAAGGAUCGCCUCAAGGUCAACUACGGCAACUAUCGACUUCAGUCCUGCGGCGAGGACACGCCACCCACGGUGUACUACAAGAGCCUCAGCGUCAACUUUGUCACCGACUCCAGCGGCACCGGCACGGGCUUCCUCUGCAGCGUCAUGGCAAAGAGAUCGACCUCCGGCACCGGCGGCCUGCCCUGCGGUGAGCACAGUCUCGCAGCGGGUACUUACUUCCUCCAAAGCGGAAACUACCCUGGCAACUACGGCACCAACUCGGUCUGUGUCUGGUUUCUGGUGCCGAAAUUUGCCGGAGACAGCAUGAAGUUCAGUUGCAGCAGUUUCGACAUGAUCUCCUGGGACGGCUCCUGCAAGUGGGACAACAUGGUCGUCAACGGCCACAAGUUCUGCAACACCAAUCCGCCGCCGCGUGAAGACAAUCCACUGGUGAUGGAAUGGGCGGCGUAUGUGCGAUACGAAACCCCAGAUCUCCCUGACAAGGUGCGCCAAGGAUUCAACUGCACUGUGGUGGUUUCGGCCAAUGAAUGAGCAUUGUUGAAACGGACACAACUAAAAAUUGGCAAGUGGGACACAGCACAAGGUUUACGCAUGGAUCAGCAUUGAAGUAAAUCUAUUUAGAAAGCUACAGUUGACGGUGUUUUGCAAUUUGGUGAUGGAUUUAGAAACAUCCGGUCGGCGCCGAAUGCUUCUGUGUGAAUAUGAUGGGUGACAACAAAAAUACACAGACGUAAAAUGA